GAAAGAGCCUUCUCCGCUCCAAAGAAAUUCCAAAAAAAAAAAAAAAAAUCCAUUCUCCGUUUUACCUAAAAAUCGACAUAUUCUCUCUCAAAUCCCUUCGCCGUCAAGCUCAACAAUCAGUUAACCCGACCCGAAAUCAACAACACACCGAACUUCGAUUUCAACACUUAAACUCAACAUGCUGCUGACCUCACUACCACCAUAAUGACCCGCACCGAACCCAACCGGAGCCCCAAAUCCGAUUCCGAGAAUUCCGGCAACGGCGGCGGCGGCGGAACCACCGCGAUGAGGGUUAUCGUCCCCUUACAAGGCGUGGUCCAAGGCCGCGGCGGACUCUUCUUAGGCUCCGUGAUUCCCUGCGCUUUCUUCUACUUCCUCCAGUUUUACCUCAAACGCAACCGCAAAAACGAACCCGACAGAAACCCGGAUUCGGAGGAUUCUAACUCGGGUUCUCCGGAUCCGACCCGGUCCCAAUCCGUUGGAAACCUCACGGAGCUCACGUCUCUGCCUCGCUCCCUCUCUAGGAUUCUCCUCUCGCCGAGAAUCUCCGGCGGAGCUGUCUCGGUCUCGGGGAGGGCUGGGUUUGUUAUUAAAGGAGGUGACUCGCCUUACCACGUGGGUCAGAAACGGGUCGAGGAAGAUCCGUAUGAUGAGUCGGGUAACCCGGAUGGUGUUAUCGAGCUUGGUUCAGCUCAGAACGUAAAGUUCAAUUUGGAAGAUGAUUGGGUUUCAGAGAAUCCAAGAGAAGUAAUCUCUGAUGGGUUGUGUAUGAGUGGCAUUGCUUCUUACGAACCUUCUCAUGGACUUAUGGAACUCAAAAUGGCUGUUGCAGGAUUUAUGUCUGAAGCGACCAAAAACUCAGUUUCUUUCGAUCCAUCACAGUUAGUGUUAACUUCUGGUGCAGCUUCCGCCAUAGAGAUUCUUUCCUUCUGCUUAGCUGAUUCCGGAAACGCCUUUCUUGUUCCUACUCCAUGUUCACCGGGAUACGAUAGGGAUGUUAAAUGGCGAACAGGAGUGGAUCUCAUACACGUGCCUUGUAGAAGCGCGGAUAAUUUCAACAUAUCAAUGCUUGUUCUCGAUCGAGCAUUCUACCAAGCCAAGAAACGAGGUGUUAGAAUCCGUGGAAUCAUAAUCUCAAACCCGUGGAACCCCACGGGGACUCUCUUGAGCAGAGAGAAUCUCUAUGCUCUUUUAGACUUUGCCCGGGAGAGGAACAUUCACAUCAUCUCAAACGAGAUAUUCGCUGGUGCUGUCCACGGAGAAGGAGGGGGAGGAGAGUUUGCUAGCAUGGCUGAAGUAGUUGACACGGAGGAGAAUGUGGACAAAGAGAGAGUUCAUAUCAUCUACGACCUCUCUAAAGACUUAUCCUUCCCUGGCCUUAGAACCGCAGCUAUCUACUCAUUCAACGACAAUGUGUUAUCGGCUUCAAGAAAGCUCACAAAGCUCUCUCCAGUCUCUUCUCCUACACAGCAUCUGCUCGUGUCAGCGAUCUCUAGUCCCAAGUUUGUUCAGAGGUUUGUGAAAACCAACAGGGAGAGGUUGAUGAGGAUCUACACAGAGCUUGUCAAGGGUUUGAAAGAGUUGGGGAUUGAGUGCACGAGAAGCAAUGGUGGGCUCUUCUGUUGGGUGGAUAUGAGAGGGUUGAUGUCGUCUUAUAGUGAGAAAGGCGAGAUUGAGCUGUGGAACAAGCUCUUGAAGAUUGGGAAGAUCAAUGUAAUACCAGGAUCUUGUUGUCAUUGCAUUGAACCGGGAUGGUUUAGGGUCUGUUUCAGUAAUUUGUCAGAGAGAGAUGUGUCUGUAGUUAUGAACCGUAUUAGGAAAGUUUGUGAAAGUUGUAAAUCUCAACAUUGAUUUUUGAUUAUUUGAUUAUCUUUUCUGCAACAGCAUCA